AUGCCUGAUGAGGCGAACCAGCCUCUGUUGGAUGGGCAUUCCAGUGAAUGGCCCACCGAUAGAUCAUCUACCGACCAGCCUAGGCCACCACAUGAAUUCUCAACAACCAUGUCGACAAAUACUUCUCAAAGUCAAGAUGGUUUGACGGUGUAUAGUACCGAGCAAAGACUGUCGCGAUCAUCUUCAGGCCGGAGUUUGCCUGACGAUACAUUCCAGGCUGCAGUGGCUGACGAAGCUAAUCGGCCCCUACUGGAUGGGCAACCAACCACCGAACGACCUAUGCUAUCAGAUGCAUUAUCAUUGGGGUCAACCAAGAUGUCGACACACUCUUCACACAGUCAAGAUGAAUUGACGGUCUACAGCUCGGAGCAACAAUACUCGCGCUCUUCUUCGAGCGGGGUUGGGUCAUCAUCCCGGACAGUGGUUGCCGAUGAACCAAAUCAACACUCCGAAAGCGCAUCCGCCGACAAUUUCAGAUCAUCGUACCAACUGUCGUCGGAGUCAACACCUCUCCUACACCGCCGUAACGACGAAUUGACGCCCUACGGGACCGAGCAAGUACUAUCACGUCCCAUUUCAAUCAGAUCGCAAAUUCCACCCGAAGAUGUCCCCCAAAAGCGAAGCCGUGUACCAUGGGCGACGGUGACCUCCCUUGCCGUCCUAACGCUUACCGUUUUGUCGAUACUGGUGCUUGCCUUCGCUGCCCCAGCAGCAGUACAAGAAUAUGGUCAGCAAGCUGCUGUCUUCAAACCGACGGCGGUCUCAAUUGAUUCCACGACGCCCAGCGGUAUUAGAGCCCGUGUUCAAGGUGAUUUUGUGAUGGACUCUGCUCGCGUGAAGAACAAAUCGGUUCGAGGCAUUGGUCGAUUUGCAACAUGGAUUGCCAGGGAAAUCCAGACGAAUCCGACCGAGGUUGAAGUUUAUCUUCCGGAGUAUGGAAAUGUACUUGUUGGAACUGCCGCGGUACCCAUCAUCAAAUUGAAUAUCCGAAACGGCCACCAUACCACCGUCGACUUUCUCACCGAUCUAGAAGCUGGUGACAUCCGAGGGAUUCACGCGGUUGCACUUGAUUGGAUUGAAGGGCGACUGGGCCGCCUCAGUAUCAAGGCCAAGGCUAGAAUCGAACUCAAAUCGGGUUUAAUUGCUUUGGGGUCUCAAAUUUUGACACACAACGUCAUUUUUGAAGAAAACGAUUUCCCUGCUUUGCCGGAUAUCACGAUUCUAAAGUUGAAUUUCCAUGAUUCCAAGAGUGGAUCCAUGGCAGUUGAUGUUCUACUGGCAUCAUUGAUUGAUUCUCCUGUCGCUCUCACUGUCCCUGCCCUCGGGUUUGACGUUUUUGUGCCAAAUUGCUCACCCGGAGAUCCUUAUAUAUUGGUCGCCAAUGCGAAGACCAGCGAAGUACAGGUUCAUCCUGGUCGGGCGACUCCACUUGGCGUCGAGGGCCUCAUCAGACAAUUACCUAACGAGCUGAUCUCCAAUUGCCCAGGGCAGGAGGGCUCCCCUCUGGAUUUCUUGGUUUCCAGCUUCAUGAAGGGGCUUGAGACAACCAUUUACGUCCGUGGAUCUGACGCACCAUCGCCUGAUACCCCGGCAUGGAUAGUUGAUUUGCUACGCAGCGUGACCAUGCCUUUGCCAUUUACAGGGCAUGCAUUGGACAACCUGGUGAAAAACUUCACCAUGUCUGAUACUCAUUUCUCUCUUCCCGAUCCCUUCGCAGAACCAGAUUCUCCAGACUCGCAACCCACAAUAUCUGCCUUGGUAAAGGUUCUCAUUGCGCUGCCGGACGAGAUGAAUUUCCAAGUUGACGUUCCGGAAGUUCGCGCACUAGCGGACGUCUUCUACAAGGAAGAGAAGUUUGGGUAUUUAAACAUCAGCGAAUGGCAAGACGCCAACUCCACCAUUGUAGACGACAAAGAUGGCUCUUCUGCACUUCUUGUGGAAUUCGCUAUGAAAGACGCGCCAUUGGAAGUCACUGAUGACGGACUGUUGUCGGAGGUCAUCCAAGCAAUGCUAUUUGGUAGCAAAGGAGUCGAACUGCGAGUUGCUGCCACCGUAGAUACAAAGGUCUCAACUGGCUUGGGCCGCUUCGCCGUGCGAGGUAUUCCCGCAGAAGGGACGGUACCAAUGAAGACCUCCUUCGGAAACCCCUUUGACCAACUGAAUCCGCGUGUGGUAUCAUUGCAAUUAGGAGAUACGACUGAAUCCUCAAUGGUGGUAUCUACACUGGUGAAUUUCACCAACCCGACUCAGUACUCGGCCACAGUCCCCUUUAUUGACCUUCUCAUACUCUACAACGGCACCUCUGUGGCUCAUAUCGCUGCCCAGAACCUGUCUAUUGUACCUGGCAACAAUAGCUACGUUCCAUUUGACUUCUUCUGGUCCCCACUAAGCUCUAGUGGAAUAGAUGGAGUCGAGGCUGGCCGCGCAUUAUUUUCAUCGUAUAUAUCCGGUUUCAAUACAUCAAUUGCCAUCAAGACCCAUCGAAACACGAUUCCAUCCCUCCCAAAUCUGGGCGAAGCAUUGUCCGCGCUCAACAUCACAGUCCCAGUCCCUCGUAUAUCAAUGCCUGGCUCCCCAGCAAGCGGCGACGAAGACAGCAAGCCACAUUUCAUUCAAGACGCAACAUUCUACCUCUGGUCUUCUUCAGCAGACUUCACUCUCGCUUCGCCCCUAACAGAAACCAACAUUCUUAUAACCUCAAUCGACGCCACAGCCUUCUAUGAGCAGAAAGAGCCCAUUGGCCGCAUCACAAACCGCGACCCCUUUGAAGUCCCACCUGGUAUAUCCCAGACCCCGCGCUUACCCGUCAAUCUCAACAUGGGCGGCGUUGGAUAUGAUGCUUUGCGGAAAGCACUUGGUCAAUCGUUAGAGAUGGAUGCCAUUGCCAACGUUGGAAUCCAGAUAAAGAACUACGUGGACGUCGUAUUCUACCAUGGGAAGGGCAUUGCGGCUAAAGUACGCUUUUAA